GAAAUUUUUUUCCAUUGCAACAAUAGUGAAGCCCCGGAACAAGAACCCAGAGAGGUGAGUGUCCCUGGAGCUACUUUGAAGUUGACUGGACAAGGCUCUGAGCUGCCUGAUACUGAUGCAAGUGAGGAGAGAACUUCUGAUCAUGAUUUCCUUAUUGGACAUGUUUACAGGGGUGUGGAGACAUUGGGAAAGGAACUUUUUAUGUAUUUUGAUCAGAAAGCUUUGAGGAUUCACUUCGGUAUGAAUGGUUCCAUGUGCAUUAAUCCUGAUGGAAGCAAAGACAGAAAUGGAGCACUACCAGUUUUGGAGAUACAGCUAACAGAGGAUACUGUUUGUUUUUUUGAGGUGACAGCAGAGUAUAGAAAUGCAGCUGAGAGUGAACAGAAAGUGCGAAUGAUGGAAAGUUUGGAUGUCUGUUCUCCAAAGUUUAGCUUCCUAAGAGCAGAAAGUGAGAUUAAGUGGCAGAAAACACGCAUGUUGUGUGAUGUGUUACUGGAUCAAGCAGUAUUACCUGGAGUGGGAAAUAUAAUAAAAAAUGAAGCGCUGUUUGACAGUGGUCUCCAUCCAGCUGUCAAGGUUUGCCAACUGACAGAUGAGCAUAUACGUCACUUGGUGAAAAUGACACGUGAUUUUAGCCUGCUUUUUUAUAAGUGCCGCAAAACCGGGUCUCCACUCUACAAACACUACAAGGUGUACAAGCGCCCCAUCUGUGGUCAGUGCAAUGGGAAGAUCACUGUGUGUCGUUUAGGAGAGGAUAACAGGAUGACUUACUUCUGCUUUCAGUGUCAAAAGGCAGAUCCUCAGCUUGUCAAUGUUAGCAAACUGCCAACUAGAAAUAGCCUAAUUGGCUGGGCAUAUGGCAGGGGGUCAUGUUCUAAUGAACAUGUAGCUCAGAAAUCUGAAGAGGAGUGGACGUGUAUGCUCUGUACCCUAAUAAACAAGCCUUCUGCUGAAAUUUGUGAUGCCUGUUUGACUUCAAGGCCUGAAGUUCCAAAGACAGAGAAUGUUGAAGAUUCUGCAGCCCUUAUCAGAAACUUAAUGAAGUACCCUUGUAAUGAUUUCAAAAAACCAAGCACAGAAAUAAAGAUCAAUAGAAAAGCUGCAUUUGGAACUACGACUCUUGUCUUAAACGAUCUUGGUAACAAAUCUGUUUUGAGAAAUGAUACACAGAUAUCUGAUGGGCACUCUCAGUGUGUUGCUCCAAGAAGCAAUUGUAAUCAAAUCCAAAAAAAUGUUUACCAGUCAGGGGGAAGCACAGACAAGGAUUGCACAACACAUGUAACUGCUAUGGCUUUGUCCUCCUGUCAGCAACCUCUCUUUUUCAAACACAUACAGAAGAAACAGAAAACUGAUCAUCUACCCUCUGUUCACCAAUCUAAUAUAUCAAUCAGCAAACCUCAAGCUAAUGUGACAGAUGAUACUCAUAUGUUAAGCAUGGGCCAUCCUCGCUGCACCAAACACAGCCGUCUCUGCAGCCUCAGAGUUGUGAGAAAGGAUGGAGAAAACAAGGGCCGGCAGUUUUAUACCUGUCCCCUACCCAGAGAAACUCGGUGUGACUACUUUCAAUGGGCUGACUUGAAUUUUCCAUUUUGUAACCAUGGCAAGCGAUGUGUUAUGAAGACUGUACUGAAGAUGGGGCCCAAUAAUGGAAAGAACUUCUUUGUGUGCCCUCUUGGGAAGGAAAAACAGUGUGGCUUUUUCCAAUGGGCAAAAAAUGGGCCAGGUAUGCAGGUUAUUCCUUGA